AUGGUUCUUGGAAAUACAACUUUUAAUGACACAGACGUUUAUGACUAUGACUAUAACUCAUCGAUGAGUUAUCUGCCCUUGAAGGAACUUUUGCCUGUUUCCAUGGUGUACGGGAUAACCUUAUUGUUUGGACUUGUUGGAAAUACUCUUGUCAUCGUGUCAGUUGCACGAUUUAAGAAAAUGCAGAAUGUCACUAAUAUUUUUCUGCUAAGUUUGGCCACGGCGGAUCUUCUCCUGAUUGUCGUCUGCAUUCCAGUCAAGUGUGUGGCCUUCUUCUCUUACACGUGGGACUUCGGUGAAGUGCUGUGUAAAUUAGUCAACUAUCUCCAGAACAUUUCUAUCAUUUGCUCAGUGAUGAACUUGACUGGUUUAAGCUUAGAGAGAUAUUACGCUAUCAUACACCCGAUGAAGGCAAAAUGUGUGUGCACCAUGAAACUGGCCAAGAAGACAGUGAUAGCAAUCUGGGUGUUUGGUUCCAUCCUGGCCGUUCCUACCCUUGUAGUACAGAGUCAUAAGCGUGUGGGACAUCGACAGAUUGCCUACUGGUGCGUACUGAACCAAGAAAAUACUACAUAUAGAUUGAUGCACGGCAUUUACAUGUUCCUCGUCAUAUUGGUCAUACCUUUCUCCCUUAUGUCGUUUGCCUAUGCCAGCAUAUGUCGUCGCUUGUGGCUAAUGAGAUACCGCAGAACGGACGCCACCAAUUAUAUCGGCGAUGAAGAAUCAAAGUCGUAUUCCGGAAUUCUGCGCAAGACAUCCAGCCGUCCAAGCUGCCAGAGGAAUGGUGAAGCCUUAAUUGUGUUAAGAUCACGAAAGUCGCCAAUAGGAGAAGAAAACCAAACAAGGAAACAGGUCAUCAAAAUGCUGUUUGCCAUCGUGAUGUUGUUUCUGCUUUGCUGGGGACCAAUCAUGUGUAACAAUCUCCUAGUGGCACUUGGUGUCCUUGACGACCUUCAUAUGGGCUACCUAAAGCCUAUGCGUCAAUUGUUUCUUCUGUUGUCCUACUUCAACAGUUGCGUUAAUCCAGUUGUUUACGGGUUCAUGUCCAAGAACUUCCGGAACUCCUUUCGGAAUACACUGGCACUGGUUUGUGGCCAUCAGACGGUAAUGACAGUCAACGAUAACGGCGUCGUUCGGUAUUCAUUUCAAACUCGGUCAACAUCGUUCAUUUCCGGAAGACCCAAUUUACAGCUACAGGAUUUUACCGGAGAUAAAAUAAAGACUACAGUACAUGAAGUGGAAACGUAA